AUGACCAACGAUUUGAUCCGUCCGAAGCUCCAAUUUCAGCUUAUUGCAACUUACACUAUACAAGUUGGCCUUGGCACUUUCGAUGAGGCUUUUCCUGCGGAUCCAUUCAAAUCGUUCUACUUGUACAUCGACACCGGGAGCAGCCUCUUAUGGAAUCUCUGUGAGGAUUGUCAAAAGCCUCCAAACGAAUGCUUUCAUACCAAGGCACCCCCUUACCCUAACAGCCAGUCCAAAUCUUAUAAGCCUCUCCCUUGCGGUCGGCAUCCCCUUUGCAAACCAGGCCAAUGCGUCGGGGAUUUCUGCUCCCAAGACAUUACGUACCUGAGCAGCUCCGCCAUCCGUACCAUUCUCGCAGGAGAAACUUUCCAUUUUUUGUCAACCAGCGGGCAGACGGAGCCCAUUGAAGGCAUAGUGUUCGGCUGUGCAUAUGAUGCAAAAAACACACAAUAUGAUUGGGAGGUUUCGGGAGUUUUGGGUUUGGGAUAUACUCCCAAUUCGUUUCCAGUCCAAAUUUCCAAUCUUAUUCAAGGAGCAUUUUCAUUCUGCCUCUGUCGUGAUUUGCACACUACAACGUAUCUCCGAUUUGGUGCGGACAUCCCCCAACCGCCACCAGGCAGCGGCAGUGUCACACCACUAGUCCUCCUUCAAGACAUACCCUAUUACUACGUCAAUUUGCAGGGCAUAAGCGUGGAUGAACAAAGGCUUCAAAUCGAUCCAUCGGUGUUUGCUAUACGCAAGCAGGGUCAAGAAGGUGGCUGUGUUAUGGACAAUGGCAGUACAUUUACUUCUCUCAUUAGGCUUGCUUAUGAUGCAGUGAUUGCGUUCUUGGAGAGUUAUUUUUCGAAGAUUCAUGACUUCAUCAGGGCUCCCAGUCCUUCUGACCUUAAGCUCGACUUGUGCUAUAAAUGGUCGCCGCCGCCACCUUUGGGGUUCGAGGACCUGCCUCCUAUUACCUUUCACUUUGAAAAUAAUGCUAACCUUGAGAUCGCACACGAGGACGGAUUUAUUGAGUUGGACGGUGAUACGCCCGGGAAUGAGGUUAUGUGUUUGGCGAUCAUGCCGAAUAAUGUUCGUACUAUUAUAGGAUCGUUGCAGCAAGCGAAUUACAGAUUCAUAUAUGAUCUUAAUGGGAGGCAACUAAAAUUUACCCCUGAGGAUUGUGAUAAGAAUUCUUGA